ACCAGGUGUCCUCUUCACUUCCUCCUCUCGCUACCCCACCUUACCCACCUCGCCGCAUCGCAUGGCGGCGCCGACACUCUUCCCUCCCCCACCCAUGGACGAAGGCAGCAGCGGCCCGCCCGCCCCCGCCCCGGCGACCCUGGACCUGGCACCGCCCCCACAGGAACCGGAGCCCCCACUCCUGCGGCGGCGUCCGCCCGUCCGGGUGACCUCGGAGUUCGACAGCGAGCGGCGGCUCUUCUCCCACCGUUUCUCCUGCCGCGUCCUCGACGGCCUCGCCAAGCUCCGCCUCCGCGUAAGCCACGCCGCCGGGGGAGGAGGGAUCGCCUGGGGCCCGCCCGAUUUCGCGCUCCUAGCGCGGAACUUCUCCGUCGUCGUCGACCCCGCGUCCCGCGGCGCCGUGCUGCGGGGCACCGCCGACCUCGCCGGCUCGCUGCGCCUGCGCGCCUCGCAUAACACCAAGGAGAAACAAGGAGAAGUGUCAGUUACUGCAAAUUUGGGAGAUUCACCAUGCAAGAUUGAAUUGUCAUCUCUGGUUCCUCCUAAUGGACUGCCAAAAGCAACUUUCUUCUUUCCAAAAGGUGAAGUUUCAAUAAAAGAGAAGAUAUUGGAUGAGGGUGACAGAAUUUUGUCAGUAAAUGGCCUAGUGAAGUCACAUGUUUUGAAUGGAGUUUGCACAGCUGUGUACAAUGAUAAUGCAGUGAACAUUAAAUACCGCUACAAGGAUGAUGAGAUAUCAUUUAUCCCCAGCAUCUCUUUACCAUCCAAUUCCCUAUCAUUCGCAUUCAAGCGCCAACUAACGCCAUCGGACAAGUUGAGUUAUUGGUACAAUUUCGACACAAACUACUGGGGUGCCACCUACAAGCACAAGGAAAAUAAGCAUCUCAAGUGGAAAGCUGGUUACGAGUCAGACAACAGGCUUGGAUAUGCAUCUCUUUGGGUUGGAGAUGCUGGCGGCAGUACAAAGGAGGUGCCUUUGAAGGCCAAAGUUCAUUUCACACUUAAAGUUCCUCAGGACAACGUACAGAAUUCUGUUGUAUUGGUUCACGUGAAGAAAAGAUGGGAUUUUUAGGUUCUACCCAUGUAAGCAUGUGCGCACAGAUAAAACAGAGAACCAACAGGGAACUGGAAUGCAUGUAAAUUUGUUCUGUCCAGCUAAUUUGUUACAUGCAGAUGCCAUGAAUAAAUUAUGUGAUGUUUUUUCCAGUCACAUU